AUGCCUAGCACCGCGGCAAUUCAGCUCCUUCACGCCGUGAUCGAAGACCACGACUUCUGUCACAUCAUCACGUCGCGCCGCGGCGCCGGGACUUUUAAAUUUCGAAAUCAAGGAACGAAUGUCGAAGAGGAGAGGCAGCACUGGAUAAGUCAUCGGUGCAAGAAACAGUUGUACGCCAUCGAAGACAACGAGGAAGAGCCCGAGGAGAAUGAAUCAAGGUGCCAUGUCAAUGAGGACUUGGAGAUUUCGGUCAAUACAAUAUCGGGGAUGCAUGGGCCGAGAACCACUAAGUUAUCUGCUACAGUUCGAGGACGAUUAAUCGAAGUGUUAGUAGAUACUGGGUCAUCCCACAAUUUUACUAACGCCAUAUUAUCUGACGAGUUGAAGUUGUCGGCAACUAUAGUGUAG